AAUAUCCAACAACAGCUACGGCAACAUCCAACACUAUGACGCUUCUCUUGCUGCAUGCCUUGCUGCUGGCAAGUGCAGCUGCGGCAGCAGCAGCAGCAUCUGAGGCCGGCGACACUGCAGGCGGCAACGCUACUGCAGGCGGCAACGCCACCACGGCUCAAGGCCUAUGCAACGGCGCCGGGUGCCAGCCACCGCCGCAGCCGCUACCGAUCUACGGCGGCCCUCCGCCGUCGCCGCCGUCGACGACGCCGCCCUCCCCGGGCAUGCAGGCGCCGUGCCCGCCGGUGACGCCCGUUUGCUGCGGCGGCCAAAACACGCCUCAGCAGCCGUACUACCAAGCGCCUCCGAUCGGCUACCUUCCCUACUACAACGAGUCUGCUUCUUCGGUGCUCGUGCCACCGACUCCGGUCGCCGCCGUUGCCUAUUACGUGAUCGUACCAUGUCUCUUGCUUUGGGUUGUGGUGUAACGGUGAUCACUGAAGCCUCGUCCAACAUCAAGAGAAGAUUGGGCUCCACAUACAAAAAAAAAAGCUGUACUAGAAGCAGGGGUACGUCUUGCCAUGCCGUUUUUCUGUCGUUGUAAAGCCGGUUCUAUAGCGGAAGUAUCUUUCUCACCUCGAGCUCAAA